AUGCACACGACUCACGUUUUACUGGCUUCUGCCCCUCUGAUUUCUCUCCCCUGCCCCCCUACCCCCUGUCCCCCUAUCCCCCUGCCCCCCUACCCCCCUGUCCCCCUAUCCCCCUGCCCCCCUUGCCCCCCUGCCCCCCCUCCCCCCUGCCACCCUGCCGCCCUGCCGCUCUGCCCCCCUGCCUCCAUGGCAGCACACGUUGGUUCUCCACCUGUGUUGGCUUUCUGUGGCAACAGCAGCAGCAGCGGCGGCGGCAAGUUUGACAGCAGUAGCAGCAGCGGUGGUGUUGGUGGUGGUGGCACAGCCGUGGCAGGGAGGAAUGCGGGGGAUGGCGGUGUGGGGCAGGGGCAGGCGCAGGCGCAGGGGCAGCAGCGGCCGGGAGCAGCGGCGGAGUCACUCUUUGAAGCUGUGGAGCUGCUACUGUUUGAGUCCAUCGCCACGGCCAAGCUGGGAGCGGACAGCAGCAUGGGCGGUAUGUCAGGAGGAGCAGCAGCAGCGGUGCUGGCGCCAUCGGCACGCUCGCGGCUGCUGUCUGCUGCUGUGGGAGCCAUCGCAAAGCUCGCUGCUGCAGAGACCGACCUGCGCACUCGCGCACGCGUCUGCCUCUCCAAGGUGGUUCGCUCGCGCACCCAUCUGCACCCUUCAGUCUCUUCUGCGUCUGGCUCUGCUGUGGAGCGUACAGUGGAAGCGCACAGAGCAGUUGCUUUGCCCCUCUACCUGCUUUCGUCUCAGUCAGGUCCUCCAGACGGCAUAACUCACGGACAAGACGACCCUGUCUACCAGGGUCUCUACCAUAGUACACUGCCUCUCCCCAUCCCCAGUAUACCCCAGUAUAUCAUAGCAAUGGCGUAUGGCUGCCCUUUCGCUGCGGCAAGCAGUAGUAACGCCGGCGGCAUGUCCCGCAGCGCAGCCCGCUGCCCCAUCUUCCUGCUAGUGGGCGCCGCGAUUUGCGCCGCGUUCACCGGGCUGCAGGAGGUGGUGCCGGCGGCGUGGCUGCAGCAGCUGCUGGUGCUCCGGUUCUUCUCCUCCGCGCGCGUGGGCGACCGGCCGUGGCGGGACGUCGUCGCACUCACCGUCGCCGCCGUCGCAACGCAGGCAUGCGGCAUGACAGUGGCGUAUGCGGGCAUGUACGCGGUGGGUCCCACAGCUCACACGCUCGCCUCCAUGCUGCUCGUGGCCCGCAACGUGCUGCCCAUGACUGCCGUGCUGCUGCUGCCCUGCCUCGCUGACUCGCUCUUCCGCUUCACCUACAGGCUCUCUCAGAACCUCCAUCCGCUCGUCUUCCCCCUCGUCUCCACCUCCAUCUGGACGCUCCUCACUCUCCUCUCCCCUUUCGGCGCCACAGCCCACCCCAACUACUCACUCCGCUCCGUCCUGCCCCUCGUGCAAGCCACUGCCUGGGUGGGAAUGCAUGGGGUGCUGCUGGUGGUGGCGUGGCUGGUGGGGGGGAUUCACCAGGUGAUGUGGGAGCAGGAUGCGGUGGGGAGGGGCGAGGAGGGGUGGAGGAGGAGUGGCGGUGGGAGGGUGGUUGGGGAGGAGAGUGAGGAGGGGUACAGUCAAUUGUGCGGUGAGGGUUGUAGUGGUGGUAAUGCAGUGAGGGAUGCAGGAGGAGAACGAGAAGGAGGCGGAAGCGAGGGAGUGAGGGGAGGAAGGGACGAGGGGAGAGGAGGAGAAGGAGCAGGUGGGGAAAGCAGGGGUAGGGGAGGCGGCAGCGGAUGGAGCCAUGUGCAAGUGAGUGCGGCACUGCUGGUGGUGCUGAUGGCAGCAGGGUCGGCAAGGGAGACCGUGCUUUCAUCCAGUUUCUUCCAAAAGCCACUCGCAGACACCAUGGUCCCUUCCGUCCCUGUCUCCUGCAUCCUCUCGCAAGCUGCCACCAACAACAUUCCUCCCCAGCCUCCCUCCUCGCUCUCUCAAUCUGCUCAACAUGCUGCUUCUGCUGAAGCAGCAGGGGCUAGGCAGCUAAUGCAGGGGGAAGAGGGGGGAGUAGGUGGGAAGCUGAGGGGAGUGGGGGAGGGAGAUGCGGAAGGGGAAGUGUCGUCAGCAGCAGGAGCCAUAGAAGGACGAGAAGCAGCAGCAGAAACAGCAGAAUCAACACCAGCAGCAGCAGCAACAGCAGCAGGGGAGACAUGGGAGGAGUGGGAGGCAUGGCGGGUGGCAGGCAUAGCACGGAUGGUGCAGCAGACGCAGCAGAGGGCGAGAGCAGGCGACACCUUGAUUCUGUGGUCAGAGGCGGCUGUGAUUCUGUUGCACGCCCAUGAGGAGACCACCCUCCUGGCUGACCUCGCUGCUAUUGCCACCGCUGCCAGCACCAACCGCACUGCCGUUGCUGCUGGUCCUGCUGCCGGUGCCGAUCCGGCAGCUCUUGCGCCGUUCAUUGGCGCGUCUUAUAUGAAGCUCAUCUCCCCGACGCAGUUCACCAACUCAUUCACCCUCAUCGCCCCCAGCGGCACCCCCAUUCUCCGAUACAACAAGACCCACCCCGUGCCCUCCGUGGAAGGCAAUGUGCUGCCGGGCGAUGGCACUCUCCCCGUGGUGGACACGCCUCUGGGGAGGCUGUCUGUCGCCAUCUGCUUCGACCUGCAGUUCCCUGCUCUCAUCAGCCAGGCGGGCAGGCAAGGAGUGGACAUUCUGCUGCAGCCCAGCUGGACGUGGGGCGCCAUAGGCCACGUGACAUUCGAGACGGAUGCAGUGAGGGCAGCAGAGAACGGGCUCACACUGCUGCGCUGCUCCUCCAUUGGGGUCUCGGGUGUCGUCUCCCCGUACUACCGCACCCUUGCUGCACAGGAAGGACUAGACACUGGGCUACUCACAAUGGUCCUGCCCCUCCUGCCCCAUGCCCAAGCUCUCUACCCUUAUGCUGGCCUCCCUAUGUCACUCCUCCUCCUCUCCCUCACUCUCCUUGCAGCAUUUCUCGCCAUUGCCCCGCCCUCCCUCUCCCUCCCCCUCUGCCGCUGCCUCCCCAACUCCCUCUGCUCGUUGCUGCCUCACCAUCUCUGCUUGGCCAGACAGUGGGAGGAGAGGGGGGAAAAGAAGAGGCAGGGAUAG